GCAAAAAUCCCAGCCGCCGCAUAUAUAAGCGCGGACCCGGGUUCUUCCUCGUAGUGCCGGCGGGACCGUUGGCGAGUAGUUGUGUUGUAGUUUUCGUGUUACGCGAGUCUGGUUGCUGCGAGCUAAAGAGCAGAGCACGCGGGCCGGUCAUCAUGUCGCGCUAUGGGCGGUAUGGAGGAGAAACCAAGGUGUAUGUUGGUAACCUGGGCACUGGUGCUGGCAAAGGAGAGUUAGAAAGGGCUUUCAGUUAUUAUGGUCCUUUAAGAACUGUAUGGAUUGCGAGAAAUCCUCCAGGAUUUGCCUUUGUGGAAUUUGAAGAUCCUAGAGAUGCAGAAGAUGCAGUACGAGGACUGGAUGGACCCUUUGAUCCUAAUGAUAGAUGCUAUGAGUGUGGUGAAAAGGGACAUUAUGCUUAUGAUUGUCAUCGCUACAGCCGGCGAAGAAGAAGCAGGUCACGGUCUAGAUCACAUUCUCGAUCCAGAGGAAGGCGAUACUCUCGCUCACGCAGCAGGAGCAGAGGACGGAGGUCAAGAUCAGCAUCUCCUCGACGAUCAAGAUCUGUGUCUCUUCGUAGAUCAAGAUCAGCUUCACUCAGAAGAUCUAGGUCUGGUUCUAUAAAAGGAUCGAGAUCCCGUUCAAGAUCAAGAUCAAGAUCCAGGUCUCUUUCCCGACCAAGAAGCAGCCGAUCAAAGUCCAGAUCUCCAUCUCCAAAAAGAAGUCGUUCCCCAUCAGGAAGUCCACGCAGAAGUGCAAGUCCUGAAAGAAUGGACUGAAGCUCUCAAGUUCACCCAUUAGGGAAAAGUUAUUUUGUUUACAUUAUUAUAAGGGAUUUGUGAUGUCUGUAAACUGUAACCUAGGAAGGAUAUUUCAACCAUCUAAUCAAAAUAGAUCUGGAUUAUCACUCUGUAAAUUCACAGCAGUAAGAUAUUAUAAAUUUGUUGAAUGUAUUAACAUCCUAUGGUCUGAAAAAUGUGGGUUUUUAUUUGGCACAUUUAAAUAAAAUGUUUCUAACUAGA